GAUGCUCGUUUUUGCUUUUCCCCUCGUCCUUCGCUUUUGUGCGAAGGAGACGUUGGCUUGAAGGCCUCAGGGCCCUCCGUUCAUUCUUGCCCCUCCUGUCCGCCUCUGUAUGUCGAUUGAGCUUGCGAAGAUGUUGCGCCUACGAAGGUAUCGGUAUUACGUCUUCUUCGCUGCCGUCGUCGUACUCCUGCUUUACCGUGUCUCCCGGAAUAGCGAACAAUGGGAGUCCGCCACCGCGUCGAUUCCCUAUAAACCUCUACGCAAGUCUCCGGGGCGAGACUUCGGCGCAACUAACAAGCAGUCGCAGCAACCCCUCCCUGGGAAGAGCAGUACUGGAUGGGCUGAUAGGGAGAGUGAUAUAUCGCGCCACGAGCAAGAGAAGGCGAAUAAGGACACCAGUGAGGUCAAGAUCCCCAGCCUAAAGCCCACUGCCAGCGAAGAUGUCCCCAGCAGAUUCGAUUCUUCCACAGACACCUCGACGACAGAUGCCAGAAAAACCAGAGUAACCGUAUAUGACAAAGAGGGUGCAGCGAAAACCACUACCGUCCCGUUGAUUGAUAUACCAGAUAAGAACGUUGGUCAAGGCGCUAAGGGCAAAGGCGUUCACGGGAAACCGGGCGUACAUAAGUCUAAGCCGGAGGCUGAACCAACUAAGCACUGGAAGAAGUUCCCCGAGCAUUUCCCCGUUCCCGCAAAUGAAAUAAUUCCCUUGCCGACCGGGAAGCCUAAACCUAUACCUGCGAUCCAAUACGAUUUCGAUAAGGAGUCACCCGAUGUGCGGGAGAAGCGUCUGGAACGCCUUGCCAAAGUAAAAGCUGAAAUGGUUCGAGGCUGGAAUGGUUACAUGACCUAUGCCAGAGGACAUGAUGAGUUGAGCCCAGUAUCCAAAAAGUUUCGAGAUCCUUUCUGUGGCUGGGCCGCGACUUUGGUCGACGCCUUGGACACGUUGUGGAUUAUGGGCAUGAAGGAAGAAUUUGAAGAGGCUCUUCUGGAGGUAGAAAAGAUCGAUUUUACCACUUCCGCAUAUCGCUCCGAAAUUCCUGUUUUUGAAACCACUAUUCGAUACCUCGGCGGGUUAAUUGCAGCGUACGAUGUCAGCGGCGGUAAAGCUGGUGGGCAUGAUAUUCUCCUCGAGAAGGCGCUCGAGCUCGCGGAGAUCCUCAUGGGCGCCUUCGACACGCCGAAUCGCAUGCCUAUUUUAUAUUACAACUGGAAACCAGCUGUCGUGUCGCUUCCCAAAAGAGCCCAAGGAGCAAGUGUUGCUGAGUUGGGCUCCCUCGCCAUGGAAUUCACCCGUCUCGCUCAAAUAACCAAGGAGAAUAAGUAUUAUGAUGCCGUAGCACGCAUCACGGAUGCGUUCUACGAAUGGCAAGAGCGAGGGACUGCGAUCCCAGGUAUUUUCCCAGAACAUAUAGAUGCUAGCGGAUGUAAUAGGACGGCAGAGGCUAUGGUCGCUGCUCUAGAGGCCGAGCAGGAAGAGCAGCGGCAAAUUGAGCUGAAGAAGUCUAACUCUGAUACUUCCAAUGGUAAGUCCGUUGAGACAGGCGAUAGUCGAAACAAAUCAAGCAAAGACGAGUUCCAUACCUUAGAAAGACGCUCUCAAGUGGGAACACCCAACGAUGAUGGCACCAAAUCAGUCAAAAUCGUAACAAAUGGUGAGGAAAUAUACGCUCCGUCGGAGAAGACGGGUGCUCCCAAAAGCAAUAAGAACGACAGGAGCGAAAGUAGUCCUGUAUCUCGGACCCCUAGUAACAAGUCGGAAGAGUCCAAACCGAAGGAUAAGUGUAUUCCACAAGGGCUGACACCCGGGUCGUUCUAUUCCAACCAACAAUACGGCAUGGGUGGAAGCCAAGACAGCACAUAUGAAUACUUCCCCAAACAAUGGCUGCUCCUUGGUGGUCUCGAGCCCAAAUAUAAAACCCUGCAUACCAAGGCUGUCGCGGCUGUCAAGAAGUGGCUAUUAUACCGGCCCAUGGUUCCUGAUGACCGUGACAUACUCUUCUCUGCUAAGAUCAACACCCAAGGGAAUCCGGAGACCGAUGCCUCAACCCAGUGGGAAGUCACUCAUCUCACUUGCUUUCUCGGAGGAAUGUUCGGGAUGGGCGGAAAGGUCUUUGAGGUACCAGAAGAUGUAGAGAUCGGGAAAAGGCUCACCGACGGCUGCGUAUGGGCUUACGAAAGCACUCCGAGCGGUAUCAUGCCAGAGGGCGCCACUGUUGUCCCUUGUGCUGAGGCAAAUAACUGCCAUUGGAAUGAGACUCUGUAUUGGCAAUGGUUGGAUCCUCUCCAUGAUACACACGAUGAAGAGGUUAGAAAAUUCGAUGCUGAACAGAAGGAGCGAAAAGCCAAGAAGCUGCAGACGACGGAUAAGCCGACGAUGAAAGGACACCCGAAUCUGGGUACGGGGACUGAAGAGACGGCGUCAAGCAAGGGCGAAUCGGCGGAUACUAGAAUUCAUAGGAGAGUGCCUCCACCAAUACACAGUUAUCCGGAUCGGGCAGAAGGGGCGCGAGACCUUACAAGCAGCGAUAGAAGUCAGGUUCCCCUUCAAUCAGAAGAAGAUGAUAGCGAAGUCCCGGAACCGGUCCGCCCAUUGUCAUCUAAAGAAUACGCAGAGAAUCGUAUUCAGUCGGAUAAUCUACCACCCGGCUUUGUCAGUGCCAAUUACCACUCAUAUAUCCUCCGGCCGGAGGCCAUUGAGUCCGUAUGGUACAUGUACCGCAUCACGGGCGAUAGCAUCUGGCAAGAGAAGGGGUGGAAAAUGUUCAAUGCCAUUGUUAGGCAGACUCGGACGGAGGUUGGUAACAGCGCCAUCGAUAACGUAUUAUUAGAGAAUCCGGUCAAAACAGACCAGAUGGAGAGUUUCUGGUUAGCUGAGACGCUGAAAUAUUUUUACCUGCUAUACUCAGAUCCUGACCUCAUUAGCUUGGAUGAGUGGGUGCUGAACACAGAGGCGCAUCCUUUUAAGAGGCCUGUUUGAACGAGCGCCUAGGCAAAGGCCCAAAUAGAUCAUUCUUUUUUUGCAUAGAAUACCAAACCACAACCAAGUCCGCAAUGAGAACUCAAGCAUAAGGUACCUGCUAAUAUAUUUAGAAGUUUCCUACCUAACCCAUGGCAGGCAUUCAUUUGCUGGAUAAAUCUACUCUACAAAAGCUGAAGAAUUCGUGAGCUAGUUAUAGGAGUUUGUUCCACGUAAGUGCAGGGAUAAUAACGCGUCAUCAUCAUCUACCACGAGCACGUAGAGCACAUAGAGCACCUAUCCGUAUUUAUUA